AUAGUCUAUAUAUAUCUCUCACAAACUCCCAUCCAAUAUCAUCACUUCACAACAACAACAACCAUUCAUCAACUUCUUUGGGCUACUCUUCUUCUGUAGCUCAAAUCCCUCUUCUGAGUACUCCACACUUGGGCAUUCAACUCCUUCAUCAGUCAGAGGUUGAGCCCCUAACGAAAGAAAGAAAAAAUGUGGAAGCUCAAGAUUGCUGAAGGAAAUAAACCUUACUUGUUCAGCACCAACAACUAUACUGGUAGGCAAAUUUGGGAGUUUGACCCAAAUGCCGGUACACCAGAGGAGCGAGCAGCUGUUGAGGAAGCUCGGGAUGAGUACAAAAAAACUUUCAAACAAGAUCGAGCCCGUGCUCUGCCCUGUGCUGAUCUUUUUAUGCGAAUGCAGCUCAAAAAGGAAAGCAACAUAGAUCUAACCAUACCACCAGUGAGACUAGGGGAAGAAGAAGAAGUGACCUAUGAUGCUGCGACAAUUGCCUUGAGGAAAGCUGUUCGAUUAAAUUGCGCAAUCCAAACAAAGGAUGGACAUUGGGCUGCUGAAAAUGCUGGACCAAUGUUUUUUACCCCACCCCUACUAAUUAUCUUGCACAUUAGUGGAGCAAUUAACACUGUCCUAACACCAGAACACAAAAAGGAGCUGAAGCGCUACAUUUUUCUUCAUCAGAAUGAUGAUGGUGGAUGGGGAUUUUACAUAGAAGGUCACAGCACCAUGAUUGGCUCAGCACUUAGCUACGUUGCUCUUCGUUUGCUAGGCGAAGGGCCUGACAGUGGAGAAGAUGGAGCAAUGACAAAAGCCCGGAAAUGGAUACUUGACAAUGGUGGUGCAACUGGGAUACCCUCUUGGGGAAAGACUUAUCUCUCGGUACUUGGAGUAUAUGAAUGGGCUGGCUGCAACCCAUUGCCCCCAGAGUUCUGGCUUUUCCCUUCAUUUUUGCCUUACCAUCCAGCAAAAAUGUGGUGCUAUUGUCGCACCACAUAUAUGCCCAUGUCAUACUUGUAUGGGAGGAAAUAUCAUGGGCCGAUCACCGAUCUGGUUAAGUCAAUAAGGGAAGAAAUUCACACAAGGCCAUAUGACAAGAUAGAUUGGAAUAAAGCACGCCAUGAUUGUUGUCAGGAGGAUCUCUACUACCAUCACACCUUCAUUCAAGAUCUACUUUGGGACAGUCUUCAUUACCUAAGUGAGCCUAUUAUGAACACGUGGCCGUUCAAGAAGAUUAGAGAGAGAGCCCUGCGAAAAACAAUUAAGUACUUGCGUCAUGGAGCAGAGAGUAGCCGAUACAUUACCAUAGGAUGUGUCGAAAAGAGUUUGCAAAUGAUGUGUUGGUGGGCUGAGGACCCAAAUUGUGAUGAGUUCAAGCAUCAUCUUGCUCGAGUCCCUGAUUACUUAUGGCUUGCUGAAGAUGGAAUGAAAAUGCAGAGUUUUGGAAGUCAAGUAUGGGACACUACACUUGCCACCCAAGCACUUCUAGCAAGCAAUAUGAUUGAUGAAUGUGGAGAUGCUUUUAAGAAGGCACACUUUUACAUUAAAGAAUCACAGAUCAAAGAAAAUCCAGUGGAUUUCACGAACAUGUAUCGUUACUUUACUAAAGGAUCGUGGAGUUUCUCUGAUCAAGAUCAAGGUUGGGUUGUCUCUGACUGCACAGCUGAAUCACUGAAGUGUCUUCUAACACUUUCACAAAUGCCUCCGGAAAUUGCUGGGGAGAAAGCUGACGUUGAGAGGCUAUAUGAUGCAGUGAAUGUCCUUCUAUACUUACAGAGUCCUGGGAGUGGUGGUUUUGCUAUUUGGGAGCCUCCAGUUCCAUUACCAGCUUUACAGGUGUUGAAUCCUUCAGAGAUUUUUGCUGACAUUGUUGUUGAGACAGAGCAUGUUGAAUGCACCGCAUCUAUAAUCCAGGCUCUACUAGCUUUCAAACGUUUACAUCCAGGGCAUCGGGAGAAAGAAAUAGACAUUGCAGUGGCAAAAGGAAUAACUUUCCUUGAGGGGAGACAAUGGCCUACUGGUGCUUGGUAUGGUUAUUGGGGAAUUUGCUUUAUCUAUGGCACAUUUUUCGUGUUGGGAGGGUUAGCUUCAACUGGAAUGACUUAUAACAACAGCCAAGCAAUUCGCAGAGGCGUUCAAUUUUUGCUUAGAAUACAAAAUGAAGAGGGCGGUUGGGGAGAGAGCCUUGAAUCAUGCCCUUCUAUGGAAUAUCAAACUUUGGAAGGAAACCGAACAAAUAUAGUACAAACAUCAUGGGCUAUGCUUGGUCUUCUUUAUGGUGGACAGGCCGAGAGAGAUCCAACGCCUUUACAUAGAGCAGCAAAGCUUUUGAUUAAUGCACAGAUGGAUGACGGAGAUUUUCCACAACAGGAAAUUACUGGAGUGUACAUGAAGAAUUGUAUGCUACAUUAUGCACAAUACAGGAACAUUUGGCCAAUGUGGGCGCUUGGAGAAUACCGGAAACGUGUUUGGCCAUCUUCCCUGAAACUGUAAAUUCAAGUUUCAAAUGGAACUGCAGACUACUAUGUGGAUUUAUAUGUGUCAACCUCUGUGGCUGCUAUUAAGUUUGCAUGUCAAUAACAUGUCUCGGAUCAUUACAAUAAUGGAAAUCCCAUAUAUUUUUGUAAUUUUAGUAUAUCUUAAUCUCUUGUAUCAAGUCAUCUGAAAAAGUGUUAUAGUUAUUUUUCUAAUGAAAUGAAAGAAUUGCCCUACAUUACAUUAAAGAGAAA